UGAGCCACAUGUGAACCAAUGGCAGGACAAAUGGGACUGCUUUAGCCAAUGACAAACUAGUCUGAGUGCGCACGCACUCCGUUGGAAGACGACGACGACCAUGGACUGGAGUCGAAUCCCUGUCGGUGUAACAAACUUUUAGCGUUUAGUUUCGAUACGGGAAAACCGGAGGGAGGUGGGGCAGCUGCUCAGAGCAGUAAUGGGAGAGAUUGAGGGUUCAUACCGGGUCCUGCAGACCCCUGGCACAAGGCUGGGAGCCCAGUUCAAUGCUGGUAUCAGCACUUUGGAGCCAGGCCAGAGUCUCAGUGGCAACAUGAUCAGUGGGAGUAACUGCCAUGGGCGAGGACUGCAGAUCCGUGUGCAGGGGCUGGACGACUCUCAGGAGUUCUUUGAUAUAGACCCAAAAGCUCUUGGACAGACCCUCCUCUCUGAGGUUUUCCGGAGAGGCAACCUCAUAGAAAGCGAUUACUUUGGCCUCGAGUUUCAGAACAUGCAGAUGAACUGGGUUUGGCUCGAACCCACAAAGCCCAUUGCAAAACAAGUCAGAAGACCGGCAAAUACACUAUUUAGACUGUCAGUGAAAUUCUUUCCUCCAGACCCUGGUCAGCUGCAGGAGUACACAAGGUACUUAUUCUCGCUGCAGAUGAAGAAAGAUCUGAUGGAGGGCAGGUUGAUCUGCACAGAAAAUACUGGAGCCCUACUGGCUUCUCACCUUGUCCAGUCGGAGAUUGGUGACUAUGAUGAUGUAGCAGACAGGGAAUUCCUGAGGAUGAACAAGCUGUUGCCUUACCAAGAGAAGGUACAAGAGAGGAUCAUGGAGCUCCACCGCAGGCACCUGGGCCAAACUCCAGCUGAAUCAGAUUUCCAAAUCCUGGAGAUUGCUCGUAAACUGGAGAUGUACGGCGUCCGCCUCCACCCAGCAGCUGACAGAGAAGGCACCAAAAUUAAUCUAGCUGUUUCUCAUAUGGGCCUUCAGGUUUUUCAGGGCAACACAAAAAUAAAUACCUUCAAUUGGUCCAAAAUUCGCAAACUGAGCUUCAAACGAAAACGGUUCCUGAUCAAGCUCCACCCAGAGGUUCAUGGGCCUCAUCAGGACACACUCGAGUUUAUGAUGGCCAGUCGAGACCAAUGUAAAAUCUUUUGGAAGAUCUGUGUGGAAUACCACUCAUUUUUUCGUUUGUUUGACCAACCGCAACCCAAAUCCAAAGCUAUCCUCUUCACCAGAGGCUCCUCCUUCCGAUACAGUGGAAGGACCCAGAAGCAACUUGUUGAGUACGUCAGGGAAAACGGAGCAAAGAGGACGCCAUACCAGAGGAGGAACAGUAAAAUACGAAUGUCAGCUCGUUCCUUCGCCACAGAUGUGCCUAAACAGAAUUUGUCAUUCAAUGACAGUCUCAGGGCCCCAGGCUCUCCUUCCUCCGCUACCGUGUCCUUCUACCCAGCACACACCUCCAGCAUUCACCCACGAACAGAGCUUCAAUCUCAGCCGCAGCCUUUGCCCACACUGAGCCAGUCUCCAGCGCCUCUCCAGCACCAGCACCAGCUUCAGUCCCCUCUGCAAGCUACCAGACCCCCCAGCCCUCCGAAGGAAGAACCUGUCAAGGCUGCUUCCCCAUCUCACUACGCUUUUCAAGAUUCAGUCGUGGACAGCCCUCAGCUUUCGCCGCUCAACCCCAAAGGUCCCCUCUGCAUGUCGCCCUCCUUCCAGAUGUCAACCCUCAGCCUGCCGGGCCAGGCCCCGUCGCCCCUGCAAAGCCCCAUCCUGAGCGAGGUGGGCAGCAAUGCCAGGCUAGAGGAGGAGGAGGAGGGCAGGAGGAAGCGGUAUCCCACCGACAAAGCCUACUUCAUUGCCAAAGAGAUUCUGACCACAGAGCGGACGUACCUGAAAGACCUCGAGGUCAUCACUGUGUGGUUCCGCAGCGCUGUGAUUAAAGAAAAUGCCAUGCCCGAAGGCCUGAUGACCCUCCUCUUCUCCAACAUCGACCCCAUCUAUGAGUUCCAUCGAGGCUUCCUCAAGGAGUUAGACCAGAGGCUGGCUCUCUGGGAGGGACGCUCUAAUGCUCAUGUCAAAGGGGACUACCAAAGGAUUGGUGAUGUGAUGCUGAGGAACAUGUGUGCUCUCAAGGAAUUCACCAGCUACCUGCAGAAACACGAUGAGGUGUUGACUGAGCUGGAGAAAGCCACCAAGAGGCUGAAGAAGCUGGAGACAGUCUACAAAGAGUUUGAGCUGCAGAAGGUCUGCUACUUGCCCCUCAACACAUUCCUGCUCAAGCCCAUCCAGCGCCUCAUGCACUACAAACUCAUCCUGGAGAGACUAUGCAAGCAUUAUUCUCCCACACACCGUGAUCACGACGACUGCAAGGAGGCCCUGAAGGAAGUGGCUGAGAUAGCCACUCAGCUCCAGAGUAGCCUCAUCCGCCUGGAGAAUUUCCAGAAGCUGACGGAGCUGCAGAGGGACCUGAUUGGUAUUGAGAACUUAACGGCACCUGGAAGGGAGUUCAUACGAGAGGGGUGUCUGUACAAGCUUACCAAGAAAGGACUGCAGCAGAGGAUGUUUUUCCUGUUCUCAGACAUGCUCCUCUACACAAGCAAAGGUGUGACGGCUACCAAUCAGUUUAAAGUCCACGGCCAGCUACCCCUUCAUGGCAUGAUAGUUGAGGAAAGUGAGAAUGAGUGGUCAGUGCCCCACUGCUUCACCAUCUACUCUGCUCAGAGGACCAUUGUAGUGGCUGCCAGCUCUAAAGUGGAAAUGGGCAAGUGGAUUGAGGAUCUGAACUUGGCUAUUGACAUGGCCAAGAAGUCGCAAGAGAAAUCCAGCAUCUUCCUUGACCCGGGACUCGGCGAUCACUCCAACCGAUCGUCUGACGAGGUUUCUCUGGAGCAGGAGUCGGAGGAUGACAUGAACUCCUCCCGUACUUCACUGGACAAGCAGACGCACCAUCGUGCCAACACCACCAUGCAUGUGUGCUGGCACCGUAAUACCAGUGUGUCUAUGUCUGAUCACAGCCUGGCUGUGGAGAACCAGCUCUCAGGUUACCUCCUGAGGAAGUUCAAGAACAGUAAUGGCUGGCAGAAACUCUGGGUUGUUUUUACCAACUUCUGCUUGUUCUUCUACAAGACUCACCAGGAUGACUUCCCAUUGGCUAGCCUCCCCCUGCUCGGCUACACGGUCAGCACCCCCGAAGAGUCCGACAGCAUCCACAAGGAGUACGUCUUCAAACUGCAGUUCAAGUCCCAUGUUUACUUCUUCCGGGCAGAAAGCGAGUACACCUUUGAAAGAUGGAUGGAGGUUAUCAAGAGUGCAGCGAGCACUACGGGCCGCAUGAGCCUGCUCAUACCUAAGGGAGGUCCUGUGGAGAUGAACGGAAACUGAAUCAAACAUCAUGUAUCUGGAGGCUGGGCCUCUGGACAGCAGAAAGACUGUCCAGUCUCACUGUAAUGUUCAAGUGAAAUGAACAUUCGUGCAGUGACAACCACAAGAGACCACAAGAUGCUGCCAGUUGAAGUGUUAACAUUUCUCAGUUUAAGGAUUAAAUACUUAAUGGUCUGUGCUUUUUUUUUUUUUUUGUUUGUUUUUUCUGGAUUAAUGGUGUAAAUGAUAACUUUUGUUCCUGUAUACAGGAUAUAAUGAAAGGGAGACAUGCAUGUUUUGAACAGCUUUUUGCAUGUAUAGCGCUCAGCUGAGGUGUUUAUAUAGACUUAUGGGAAAUACUGUUAUAUGGGACCAACUCCACCACAAAGGGCUUCGGUUCAGGCUUUUCAAAGGACUUUAAUCUGUAGCACAUGACGACUGAAGCUUGGUUUGCUACAGCACUGUGCUAUGACUGAGACGGGAAUGAUAUACAGUAUGUAGGAAAUGAAGGUACGCACUUUGAAAGAGUCAGAUGUGUGUGAGGUGGAGGCGAGCAGAAGGUUCAUGGAAUGUUGAAAGUCAGUUUUGGAGAUGCGUUUGGAGUUUUUGAGAAAUUCAUGCUGCUGUCGUCACAGUGACACACGAACGAUUUUGGUUUCAAAUGUUUUGGGAAUGACUCUGGUAGAUCUAUUAGUGUAAGUAGUAUUUGUUUCGAAAACACCACUUGAGGUUUCAAAGGGGGUCGCAAAUGUUCAAAAGGGAGCUUUUCUGCUUAAAUCUCCGUGUUAGUUAGGCGACAUUACGGCCAGUUUGGUGCUACAGUUCUCUCUUUAAUAUCAAAUGUAAUCAAAUGUAUCCUGUUUUUAUUUUUGCAUAAGGGGUAACAACUUGAGGAAAUACUGUGUAGUGUUUACUCUGUGUAAAAGUUGCAGAUUUUCCUUCUAAGUACAAACCAGAAGAACAUAUUUUUAACUUGGUGAUGAUGUCUUGCUGUGCGUCAGACUGUUUUAGACAAAUGGGAGCUGACUCAAGAGAGACACUAAUGACACGUAUUAUUAUAGUUAUUUAGCGACCUACAUGCAGCCAUGGUAUUAUUUUUUUUUUGUAAUAAGACUGGAAUCUUAUCUUUAUCCUGUGUGUGUGUGUGUGUGUGUGUGUGUGUGUGUGUGUGUGUGUGUGUGUGUGUGUGAGAGAGAGAGAGAGAGAGAGAAGCCACUGGAGCUGUAAGAUGAGGUGAUGAUGGAGGUCAUCUCCAAACCAUCUGACAUUCUGUGUGUGGAAGAGACUGACUGUUGCACAGUUAACAUACAGUAUGUUACUCCUAUUUAUUGUCUAGCAUUUCAUCAGGGCCAAGCCCCUGAACGCCCCCAUGUGUAGUCCUCAUGUUAUUCCGUUGAAAACCUAACAAAUAAAAGUCGUUCACUCUC